AUGCAAUGCAGCGACCACCCUUCCCGCACCAACCCUGGUGGGAUCUGCGCAUUCUGCCUCCAGGAGAAGCUCGGCAAGCUGGUCUCCUCUUCCUUCCCGCUCUCCGUUCGCGCCUCCACUUCCUCCUCCUCUUCUCCCCCUUCCUUCAGAUCUGACGCCGCCGCCGCCGCCGCCCCAUCAGCGGCAGCUUCCGCGGCCGCCACUUCACUCGCGCUGGCUGUGCGCCCGUCGAGUUCCUCAUCAUCCACCGCGUACGGGUGCGCCAGCGAGUACUACAGCUCUUCCCUCCGCAAGGCGAGGAUCCCGUUCCUGCUCGCGAAGAAGAAGAAGAAAAUCAUGGCUGCGUCGUCUUCAUCUUCCGAGAAUCAGAGCGAAGCGGUGUUCAAGCGCAGCAAGUCCACCGCUGCUCCGGGGAGAAGAUCCACCCAUUUCUUCGACGACGGCGGUGAGGAUUUCAGCCCUCGCAAGCGUGGUGGGUUCUGGUCCUUCCUCUACCAUUCCUCCUCCAGCAAUGUCAAAUCCAACCCAGCAUCAGCUGCUUCAGCUGCUGGUUCCAGCACGGCGUCGUUUAGCUCUGCUUCCUCUGUAAACCCUCUUCCGCCUGUGCGGAAGGAUAGAUGUUUAGGAGUUGGGGGAUCGUCUCUUUCGCGAAGAACAGAGAUGGUGGUUGUGGAAGAAGACGACGAAAGCCCCAAUAGCCAAGCUACGAGCUCAAACUCUGCUGCUUCGUCGUUCGAGAGGAAAGUGUCUCGAUCUAGAUCCGUUGGGUGCGGGAGCAGGAGCUUCUCAGGGGAUUUCUUCGAGAGAAUCUCAACUGGAUUCGGCGACUGCACGCUAAGAAGAGUCGAAUCGCAGAGGGAAGGCAAAUCGAAAUCUUCAACAUCUGGUGGAGCUAUGAAGGAAAGGGUGAAGUGUGGCGGAAUCUUUGGUGGGUUCAUCAUAACUUCAUCAUCUUCUUCUUCAUCGUCAUCAUCGUACUGGGUUUCAUCGUCAGCUGAGGAAAUGAAUGGGAAAUCUGGCGGCAAUCAUUUGAGCCAUGGAAGGACGAGGAGCUGGACCUGGGCAUUUGCUAGCCCUAUGAGGGCAUUUGGAGGAAGCAACAAGCUGUCUGGUAAAGAGAACGGGAGGAGAGAUCAUCAUCAGGUUAUCAGGGAAACUGGGAAUAGGAACUCUGCUGCUGCUGCUCCAAACUUGGCUGCCAUUCCUUCAUUGUUAACUGUGAGCAGCUAA